GUUUGGGAAUGACCAGCGUGCAGAGGAACGCAGGAGAGGAAGUGAAGAUUUGCUCUUUCUCCACUUUGCGCAGCGUCUGCAGCCAAAUGCGGCACAUUCCAGCUCCUCACCAGCUCGUACUUGGACCUUUCGGUUGAUGGGGGAACACUAAACUCGUCUCAUAGUGGUCGUGGAGCUUUAGAGAGACACAUUGAGCAGCGCUGAUGUGAGAUCCAAAAUAAGGAGACAUGUCUGCCGCCCAAGGACUCCUCAACAGCGUCUUCUCCUGCUCCUCUCCUGCGUCCAAAGUCAUGACAAAACGGAGGCUACGCCAAACCCGGAGCUUGGACCCCGCUAUCAUAAGACACUGUGACUCCGAGACCGAGGGAGUAAGUGGCGCAUCGCUUUCUGGAGCGGCGGCUGCGGACGCAGGUGCGUCUCCGGAGCGCUUGGCUGUGAAACCGGCUUUACGCACCAGGAUACCCACACUUAAGGAGCCCAUAACCCCGUCCCUCUCAUCUCCUUCCAUACCUUUGGAUGUUUCUCCAUCCUCCAACUUCCACUUUGACUUUGAUACGGUGAAGCGUGCCAAAAGGAAUACCGCCGGGGAUUUACCGUAUCUAGUGAGGGGACCCGGCGCGGCGCCGUCCGGCAGCACUGGCACGCUGUUCUCUCCGCGGAGGUGGCUACAGAGGAAAGUGCAACCGUCCAGCUCUCACGCUUAUGUUGUGUGGAAAUCAGAGGGUGAUUUCACCUGGAGCGGCCUGUCAGGCCGGAGCGUGCGUCUGACGCCAGUUGCCAUCCAGAGCCUGUCGGAGCUGGAGAGGGCCAGGCUGCAGGAAGUGGCCUACACCCGUUUACACCAGGACUAUGAUCUGGGAUGUCAGAUAACCAUGCCAAAAGAUGGACAGAAGAGGAAAAAGUCGCUGAGGAGGAAGUUGGACUCGCUUGCAAAAGAGAAGAGUAAAGACAAAGAAUGCAUACCCCAGGCCUUCCAGUAUACGCUCUCCCGGUCAAUUGCUAAUGACAGAAGCACAGGCACGCCGUCAGGACGCUAUCGUCAGACCCCACAGCGCGAGGAGCCACAAAGAACCUUCCUCGCGACCUCGUCUCGUCCCAUUUUACAGUUUGCCACCAAGCGGCCGUCCAAUAAGGAGUUAUCCAGCAGUAACUCCUCUUUGAGUUCCACAUCGGAGACAGCCAAUGAGUCAACGUCACCCAACACGCCGGAGGCUGCACCGCGAGCACGCAGGAGGGGAGGCAUGUCAGUGGACUCGAUCACGGACCUGGACGAUAACCAGUCCCGCCUGCUCGAGGCUCUGCAACUCUCUCUGCCGGCCGAGACGCCGAGCAAAAAGGAGAAGCACCGGGACAAGAGGCUGAGCCUCAACCCCAUCUACCGUCAGGUGCCCCGGGUGGUCGACAGCUGCUGUCAGCACAUUGAGAAAUACGGCUUGCAGACUGUGGGGAUCUUCAGAGUGGGAAGCUCCAAGAAGAGAGUCCGACAGCUACGCGAGGAGUUCGAUCGUGGUGUCGACGUCCAGCUGGAUGAGGAGCACAGCAUUCACGAUGUGGCCGCACUGCUGAAGGAGUUCCUCAGGGACAUGCCCGACCCUCUUCUAACCAAGGAGCUCUACACGGCCUUCAUCAACACCACAUUGUUGGAUACCGAUGAGCAGCACAAUGUCACUCAGCUACUGGUCUACCUGCUCCCAGCAUGCAACAGCGAUACUCUCCACCGCCUGCUGGAGUUUCUGUCCACCGUGACCGACCACGCCCACGACCGGCAUGACAAAGACGGGCAGGAGAUCACAGGGAACAAGAUGACAUCUUUGAACCUGGCCACCAUCUUUGGCCCAAACCUGCUCCACAAGCAGAAGAGCUCAGACAAGGAGUUCAGCGUCCAGAGCUCGGCCAGGGCCGAGGAGAGCACAGCCGUCAUCGCCGUGCUGCAGAGGAUGAUCGCCAGCUACCAAACGCUCUUCAUGGUGCCUCCUGAUCUGCAAAAUGAGGUUUUGAUGAGUCUGCUGGAGACUGAUCCAGAUGUGGUGGACUACCUCCUGAGAAGAAAAGCAUCACAGAGUCCAGACCUGUUGCAGACAGAGGAGCCUUUCACCCUGAGCGAGCGCCGCUCCUCCAGCGACUCCAACAAGGCCUCCAGCGGCGAGGUGUCCCCUUAUGACAACAACUCGCCGGUCCUGAGUGAACGGAGAGGCGAACCAGGAAGCCCGGGCAGCGAGCGGCUCUGCCGUGUCCCAGAACAGUACACUCUGGUGGGGCAGGUGGCUGGCUGGAGCAGAGAGCCUGGAUCUGACACAUGGGGUACCAAAGACACUAUAUCAGAGGAGCACGCUAACAUUUGGGGGACGUGGCACACUACUCUGAAACCAGCACUCAAGGACCAACCGUACACAGGUUCCCACGGCAACAUGUCAGAGGGAAGCUCCCGCAGCUCACAGGAAGGUCUCGACGGACUCCAUGGCGAUGGCAAGCAGCCAGCAACGCUACAACGGACUCUGACAGCGCCUGGCAUCACCGAGUGCCGACCCCACCCGCCGGUCACCAGGGUGUGCACCAGCCCUCACGUGGAGGCGAGGCGACCGCGCCUGCAGCUCAGCAUUAACCCCUCUGUGACGUCACACCUCAACAGCACGCAAGGCCUCCAUCGAGGAAGCGGACACGGACCUAGCCCGACCUCCAGACCUCAAGGUGGGGCGAACACUAUCGACCCUGCUAUGCUUAACGACGGCCACUGCCCUCCCCCUUAUAACGCCCACCAUCGACUGGCUAGUUCCCAAAGUUCACCUCAGCUGGCAACGGGUCAGCGCCCCCCCCUGCAGCACGGGAGGCUGAGUGCGGCGCAGAGUAACUCGGCCUCAACGACCGAGGGCCAAAUGGUGCCACAAAGCCCCGAGUGGCAGGACUGGCAGAGGGACCGUUGGCAGAUCUGGCAGCUGCUGUCCUCUGACAAUGCUGACGCACUGCCGGAGACUCUGGUGUGAUCUCAGACCAUGAACUCCAGCUUAAUCUCCGUAGAGAUUCUGCUCUGCUAGCCUACCAAUGGCAUGAUCCAACCCCUCCAGUGACAAUCACUCCUGUCCCCUACCUUCAUUUCACCAUGAAAUGUGUCAUGUUUCCUCCCAGCCUGCCUUUCAUCCAUGGAUUCCCUUCCCAUGAACCCUUCUGUGCUUCUCCUGCAUCGUAGCGCCAUGGCGUUGUUGUUUACGUGCGCAGCUGCUGCCUUAUACAGACUUUUACAUCCAAGAGCCACUAGUAUUUCUUGUUUUUAGUAUGGAUGUUAAAAAGUUGCUUCUGGUUUCUAGCCCAUGUUUUGUCCAUUAAGAAAUACCUCAAAAAAACUAUCCUUUCACAACUCUUCACAACGUUACCAUGACUAUAUUUUCUAUUCAGAGUGAGUUCAGUCUUCAUAUCUCAAUGGAGAACAGUAGGAAAACACUUUUCUUUAGUUUCUUAUAUUUUCAUUUCAUCAUUUUUCAAAUUUUUUCAAACUUUUUCAGCAUACAGACACUAAGAUGUUCGUAUUAGUAAUUGCUGCUAAAUGUAGAAUGUUUUGUGUGCGUACUGGUAAUAUAGUUCACCCGCAUCUGACUAAAAAAGAUUAAAUGAUGAAUUACCUUUCAAUGUCAAAUUAUGUUUGGCUGUAUAUAUACAAACUGUUGACAAAUAUUCACAAACAAAUAUAUAUGUAAAUUGACAUGUAAAGUAUAUAAUUUGCUAAAAGUAAGUCAGCCCUUUAACUGGCAGUCUAAAUGUUGGUGUUUGUCAGGCUGCUGUUUUUUGUCUCUAAUAUUGAAUGUAAAAUACUUUACUUACAGCAAAAAAUGCUUAGACCUAAUUAUAAAGCACUCGGCUGUAAGUUUGCUUAUUUGUGCUUUUGCCGCCUGCUGCACUGCAGGACCAAUGUGCCAAAGUAUCUUUUUUUUUUUACUACAGGAUAUUUAUCAUACAGUUGUGUUCAUUUCAUCCAGUUGUUCGUUUCUGAAAAAGACUCAAGAGCUUGUGACAUUGGCCGGAAUUACAGCAGUUUUCAGUGUAGGACUAAGGAAGCUUGUUGUUGACAUGAUUUUAUCAUCAGGAUCAUAUUUCCAACUAUCCCUGAAAUGACUAAAUCAUACUUAAUCAAACUUAAAUCAAGAUAAAGAUUGGUAGCCCACAUAAUAAAUGCCCAAAAUGGUUUUUAAUCAUUUUAAUUGUGUAUACAAGUACAAAAAUGUAACAAAAAGAAGGUAUAAAUGAGAGCCAGCAUUAGGAUUGGAUGUCAGAUAUAUGCCAAAUUGUAUUUUAAAAUAAUUCCCACCCUUGUGAAAUCAUAUCUGCAAGGCCAGAUGUGAAGAACUUAGAGGAUCUGGAAAACAGUGUCACGUGUCUAAAUGUAUCAUAAUUCGAUGUAUAACAUGUUUUCUCACAUUGCGGAUUGAGCUAAAUGUGGUUUCAUCUUCAUGGAACUUCAUUUCCCAUGUUCAAAAUUCACUGUAUAUACUGGUAUGAAUUUCCACUAAAAGUAUUCACUUUGCUAAGAUCAUAACCUGUUUCUCUACAACACAAUACAGUAUGAUGACAAUAGCAGCACAUACAGAUGAAUGACUGAAUAUUCCAACUGGGUGCAGAUUUAUUGCCUACCUAAGAGGCUAGAUUCAUUUUAUGGAUCAUUAAAAUUAGCAAAACAAUGAAUGAUUCUCAUUGGUUCAACUGAGGUUCUGGAAAACAAUGCUCAUAUAUUUUCUCUCUUCAAGUCCAGUGUUAAUUCAGGUGGGGAAUUAAGACACCCACGACCAACAUUGUCCAAAUCCUCUCAAAUGUCACAGUCAAGUGGGUAUUUGCUGGCAAAUAUUUCACAUUUUCUCACGUUACGGUGUUAUAUUUGCUCAUCUGAAGCCACUUCAGCAUUAAUUCUGGAGACGCACUAUGUAUGAUUUACUUGUCACAUUUUCAUGUGACUUUGAGAAGAGUCAGUGGAAGGACUGUGGUAAGGCCUAUGGCGCCAUCUGUCGUCAGACCACGUGCACUGGCAUGUUGCUGCUUCCCACAGUUCACCGUUUCCAUGGGAUCCAUCCGUGCGCCGCGUGGAACCAAUUAGCUCGUGAUCAUAAGCACCUUUUGUGAAAAUGUGUAAAUCUGCAUGAGGAAAUAAAUGUGCCAUAGGUGUUGCUCUUAAAAGUUUCUCCAUGCAUUGCUCAAGGUUUUGUUAAAUUUUUGUAUUACCUUGUUUUCUGUCGAGUGUUGUAAUAUAUAAAUACAAUAUAACAAUUUUUAUUCAAGGGGAAAAAAAAAAAAAAAAAGCAGAGAGAAUAAUCCUAAUGGUCCUAGAUUCGUCUCCCCAAACUAUGAAACUAAGACAAACUUAGUGUUUAUUGCUGAUAUUUUUGGUGGGGUUUACUGGGUCCAAGUUGUAAUGGAAUGUCUGGUAAUUGCUUUUGUACUGCGUGUCAUCAUCAAUAUGCUACAAUGGAAUUAAAUAUGAUAAAGUUUA